UGGACGGGCGCCGGGAGAUUCGAUCCGAAGUAAAAUAAUGCGCUCUAUCCCUAUGACCAGGAUUAAAUCAUAAUUACAAGACGAUACUGCCUAUAAUUUGUUUAAGCAGUAGUACGACUAUGGUAAUGAAGAAAAAUCUCUUUCAGAGUCUCAUCUACAGCGGUUAAACCUCAAUUUACUCCAAGGGCCUAAACAUCCUCGAUCUGGAGUUGGUCUGCUCUGCCGCUGUCAACACUACGCGCGUUCUCGAUGAAUAUACAGUAUUCACUUCUUUUAGGAGCAUGCAUCAAGUACAAACGUGAAGGCGGCUGUUGGAAUUGGGAAAAACCUGACUGGUAGUAGAUGGAGGCAAUGGAGGUGGACACUCCGGGGGUUCAGGGCAACGCUGGAGCUCAAGCCGAGGCACAGAACCCAAAUGAGCCCUAUGUGGUGUCAGAUUCUGGGAGCAGCACAGAGGUGGAAGAAGAGGAGGAAGGGGACAACGUGAGGAGACAGGUCCCUCCUCGACUUCCCGCCACCUGGGCCUUCAGUCAGAGAGCUGCGGGCCGAGCUACACCACAGAUACGCAGGAGACUAAGACAGGGCCUGAGAGUACACUACCCCAGUCAAACAGCUGCACCCUCUAGAGGAUUCCCUGACUUCCUGCUCAGAGCUCCUGCUGCUAACGCUGCAGACCCAGAGUCCAGCAGCACCACAGAAAUCAGUGACUCUGACGAUGAGGAGGACACCACCAACCAAGCUGCCCCUACUGCCUCACCUGCUGCCUCUGAGACUGUCCAACCAGCACAACCAGCCCCCCAUGCCAGCCCUCACAUUAGCAGGACAGUCCCACAGCUGGAAGCACAAGAAACAAGCACCAGUUCAGCUCCAAGCACAGAGAGGAUAGAUUCAAGUCAAAGCCCCCAGGCUGCCCCAGUAGUAGCUCCAGUGUCUGACCUGUCCCCACACACGGAGGAGGGAGAGGGCGACACCUGCGCUAUCUGUUUUGAGCCCUGGACCACAGCUGGAGACCAUAGACCCUCUGCCUUGCGCUGUGGACAUCUCUUCGGCUUCACCUGUAUACAAAGGUGGAUCAAGUCAGCGGGUACAGCUGCUAAAUGUCCACAGUGCAACAAAAAAGCAAAGCGGUCUGACAUUGUGAAACUGUAUGUUACAAGGCUAAGAGCACUCGACAACUCUGAGCAAGAGAGUUUAAAGAGAGCGCUGGAACAUGAGCAGUCUCUGAGGAGAAAGGCUGAACUGGAGUCUGCUCAAGACAAACUCAGACUUCAGGUAGUCACCAACCAGUGUGGACAGAUGCAGAAGGAACUACAGGAAUUGAGGUCUUUAAUGUCCCAAACGGGUCGUAGCUCCAUUUCCUCUGCCUCCUCUUCCUCGUCCUCCUCCUCUCUGCUCCCCGGUCCUUCACAGAGAGUAGAUGGAUCCAGAGCGGGGCAGUAUGGUUUCUCCAAAGCUGUGCUGAUGUCUCAGACUGGAGGCUGUCGAGUUUUAGCUUACUGUGAACCUCUGAGCUGCCUCCUGGCCUCUCAGCCCUCUCCCCACUCCACACUGGUUCCAGGUUGUGGGGUGAAGAAGAUGAGCGUUGUGAACAUGAAAGCGAGUCAGUACGUGCCUAUCCAUAGCAAACAGAUCAGAGGCCUCUCUUUUAACCGACAGAACGACAGUCUGCUGCUGUCAGCCGCUCUGGACAACACCAUCAAACUCACCAGCCUGCUGACCAACACUGUGGUGCAGACAUACAACACGGGCCGGCCGGUGUGGAGCUGCUGUUGGUGCCUUGACAACAGUAACUACGUGUACGCUGGCCUCAUCAACGGCUCUGUGCUUGUUUACGAUACCCGAGACACCAGCACACACAUCCAGGAGCUCCAGCCGCUGCGCUCCAGGUGUCCCGUUGCUUCUCUGUGUUACGUACCCCGUGCAGCUUCCAGCUCAUUCCCUUGUGGUGGGCUGAUCGCUGGUUCUCUGGAAGGGGGCUGUUUUUGGGAGCAGGUGAACGAAACUACCUACAGACCCCACAUCCUACCUUUGGAGACAUCUGGCUGCACUGACAUCCAGGUUGAGUCAGAGACCAGGCACUGUCUGAUCACAUACAGGCCAGGCCGCACUAACCCCUCCCUCCGCUGCGUCCUUAUGGCUCUAAACCGAACGCCACAGCAGGACUCCAGUGAUGCUCCAGCGUGCUCUUGCACCCCAGUCCAGACCUUCUAUGCCGGGACAUCCUGUAAACUUCUCACUAAGAACUCUGUCUUCAGGAGUCCAGAGGCAUCAGGGACUUUAGUCUGUGCUGGAGAUGAGGCUUCCAACUCAACUAUGGUGUGGGAUGCUGGCAGUGGCGUUUUGCUACAGAAGCUCCCGGCCGACCUCCCCGUGCUGGACAUUAGCCCUUUCUCUGUGAACGGGGAACACUUUUUGGCAUCACUCACGGAGAAGAUGCUCAAGUUGUACAAGUGGGAGUAAAAUGGACACAUUCCCAGACUCCAAAUUGUGGAGGAAUAAUGGAUGCUGCUAAAGUUUUUGCCUUGGGUUUACGCAUUUCCAAUUCUUCAACCAGGAGCAGAGAUACUAGAGCUUUACAUUCAUUGCCUACAUAUCAAAGGUCCACUAUGUAACUUUUCCACUAACUGCUUCUCUUGGUGUAUAUUAUUGCCUGCCUUACCUUGAAUAUUCCACAGCAUGGCAUUAUUUAUUUCCAUGGAGAUGAGCAGGGGGCACAACCAAGCAAAGUUAGUCAGAUCUGUGAAGAGGCGAUCCCACUCACAGUAAGAAUGCAAUUUUCUUUAUAUGAACAGUACGACUAAUAAUUGCAAGGCAGGUAAGUGUAAUGCCAUUCUGUGGAACUUUUUCCAGGCUUGUAACUAGCAAAAAGGGUAUACUGGCUGGUUUACAUGGAGACCUACUGUGUGAAGAGUCUGAACCAAUCAAUAUUUUACACAUUUGAAAGUGAAAGCUGUAUAUUUGGAUCCUGCGUUGAUUGAAAUCCAAUGGAGCUCAACAGUCCCGCCCACUUCCAGUUCCGAAAGUCAAAUUUCCAUACAUUUUUUUCCAUUAACUUUUUGAAAAAUUCCAAUAUUAACACUUCAAAGGCAUCUUGGAGGCUAACCCUCCUAUGUGGUAACUAAUACUCAUUACUAGUUAGUACUGCUACAAAAUCAGUUCAUAUCAGUCUUCUCUCAAAUGUUAAUGCUCCUGGAGCUGUUUACAAAGUGCACUAUGGCACUAUGAACAGAAUCGUACUUAAACAAAUUGCAGAUCUAAUCACAACACAGAAAAAUCACAAUUUUUUUUUUUUUUUUUUUUUUUUGCAGCCCUAGUUAAAAUGUCUUUUUUUUUUCACUUUUUUCUUCUCACAGUUUUGUUUUUGAACUUGACUGUGUUGUGUCAAUGCUGAUGUAGUUACCAAAGAUUGUUAUAAGUUGUAUCAUUACAUUAUCUGUAGUUUAACAUUAUGUAAUAGCCUCUAAAAAUGCAUGUGGUAAAUCCAUUUUGUUAAAAUAGGCUACUACAAUCCAACACUGUUGAAAAACAAUGCUGUAUUUUGACUUUGGUAAUGCAAUUUUCCAAACAAAUGUCACAUGGAAAACUACUACUGUAUUUUAUUUUAUUAAUAGAUUUUAACUGCCACAAAACUAUGACUAUGUAUGUUUCUUAUAUACUUUAAGCUUUGCUCCUGGUUGAAAGCCAAGUGCCAAUCGACAGCUGCCGAUGUAACCGCUUCCUGGUUUUGGUGGAAGUUAUCUGUAAAUAUGUGUGUUUUAUACAAACAUGUUUAUGUACAACUUAAAUGUUAAUAAAAUUAUGGGUUAUUUUUA